AUGGGCCCCGUUGCACGAGGAGGUCGGAGCUUGGAUCGGAGGAAGCGAACGACCGGAGAGAUGAAGACGAUCUUCAUCGUCGAAUUGAUCGUGAAGACCAUGCACUUCCUCCAGGACGCGGCCCUCUUGUGCCAAGAUGGCCUGGCGUCCGUCAACUCCUCCGUCGCGCAGAUUCAUCAGUCGUGGAAGGAGAAAUGCGAGGAGGAAGGGGAAAAGGCGCAGGAGAAACUCCACUUCAACCUGGAAAGGAGGAACUGGACGCUGGAAAGGGAAUGCGACGAGGAGGGAAUCACCGUCAAGUACGCAAGAGAUCCGGAGACGAAUACGUAUUUCCUCCUCACUGAGGUCCCGCUAGAUCUGGAGCUCGAGUGGGUGGCCCAAGACAUGCGGUACCACACGUUGGCGGCCACCGCCGAAUGGAAUUCCGAUAGCAUGGAGUUCACGAUCCUCGAGCGGAUGACACACAUGUGCUGGGUGGCUUACCAGGCGACGCCUCCAAAACUCGGGGGCAUCAUCGCCAGUCGGGACAUGGUCAUUUACAUCAUCACUCGCUUCGUCAAUGGCUCCUACUUCGUUUCCACUAGCAGCACGGAGUGGCCGGGGAUGGAGCCGAGGGAGGACAGAGUGAGGGCGGAUAUGCAGAAAGGAGGCGGAUUCUCGCUCUCACCGGACCCAGCGGGGAACGGGACCAGGCUGCGCUGGGUCAGCACCCUCGACUUCAACAUCCCCCUCAUCUCGAGGAUCGUCCCGAUGGCGAUUCUCAGGAGGAUCUACGUGGAGGGAUCCCGGAACUACAUCGCGGAAAUGAAGAAGUAUCUCAUGGCCAGGCGCGGGGGUCGGGGUGGGCGAGACUGAAUGGCAACUUUUGGGAAAUGCCAUUUCUCCUGAAGUGCCAUUUAGGGGAAAGUACUUUGCCACGUCGGAGGCAAACCAUAGGAGCCAUUGAUAGAAGGUAAUAAUAAAGUAUUGGCAAAAAAUGAUGCUUUCGCUUAAGUGCGUUUUCGAAGGGGAAAUCUCCAUGGACCAAUGAGAAAUUUCUAAUAUACUCCAAGUCAAUUUAGUCUCCAAUACUAGUAGUGAACCCCAGAAGAAAUGCCACGGUACUAUCACUCGCAAACCUAGUGGCAAAUUGCCUACAAGCUGGUGCAUCGAGAAUAUG